AAUCUCUUGGUACCCAAAAAAGAUUCCUUCAGAUCUGAGAAAUGUAAAACCAAAUCCUGGACUUAUGGAGGAAGGGAUCGCAAGUAAAGUUACUGACUGCAGGGAUGGAGCCAGCUAGUUUUGCUUCUCCAGAUGGUAGAUGGUGAAAGAGAGAGCAGCAGGGUCCUACCUCCGUCCUCUGGGCUAUGGUGCUGCCCAGUAUGUCCUUGGAGGAGGAGUGGCACUCGGAAGGAUUCCAGACUUUGGGCAUUGUUCUUCUCAUCUUUAGCUCUCUUAAACUUCUGCACUUUUUGGGAAUCAUCGACUUUUCAGAGGAAGACAGCAUAGAAGAUGAUUUUGAGCUGUCGACGGUUUGCCAUCGUCCGGAAGGGCUUGAACAGCUACAAGAACAAACCAAAUUCACCAAAAAAGAACUUCAGGUUCUAUACCGAGGCUUUAAAAAUGAGUGUCCCACCGGCCUAGUCAAUGAAGAUAACUUCAAACAAAUCUACUCACAAUUCUUUCCACAGGGAGAUUCCAGCAUGUACGCACAUUUUCUCUUCAACGCAUUUGACACCGACCACAGCGGCUCCGUCAAUUUUGAGGAUUUUGUAUCGGGAUUGUCAAUCAUCUUACGAGGGAGCAUAGACGACAAACUAAACUGGGCCUUUAAUCUGUACGAUUUAAACAAAGACGGCUGUAUAACUAAAGAGGAAAUGAUGGAUAUAAUGAAAUCCAUAUAUGACAUGAUGGGCAAGUACACGUACCCGAAUAUGAGGGAAGACGCACCCAUGGAGCAUGUGGAGAACUUUUUUCAGAAGAUGGAUAAAAAUAAGGACGGCGUAGUUACAAUCGAAGAGUUCAUAGAAUCAUGUCAGAAGGAUGAAAACAUUAUGAGAUCCAUGCAGCUCUUCGACAACGUCAUUUAGCAAAAGCUGCGGUCGUACGGAUUUAUCGAGAUCACACUUUUGUAUAGACAUUCUUCUGGCUGCACAAUUACAGAAUAGUGUGUCUGAUGCAAACUAAAAUGCAAUUAUAAUCUCUGUCCUAUUUUACGGCUGUUGUAAACACUUUAAAAAACAACAAAAAAGGAGAGAA